AUGUCUGAUAAAAGUGUUAUUACCGGCAAGGAAGGGCAAACGCGAGAAAUUAAUUGUGAAUUUCCAGAGAAUGCUUCUGAUGAUCCUAUUUCCUAUGAUGAGGAGGGCCGUGCAGGAAGAUUCCGGCAAAAGAAGUCCUGGUCAGAUAUUUUCACUAUCAUUUGUUCCGGUUGUGCUUUGUUAUCAGAUGGUUAUCAAAAUAGUUGUAUGAAUAUGCUUAACUCGGUGUUCAGUGUUGGAUAUCCUAAAGCGUAUACUUCAUCGGUGAAGACUAGAGUUUCUAAUGCCUUGAUGAUUGGUGAAAUUAUUGGCCAAAUUACCGUUGGAUUGACAUGUGACUACUAUGGUCGUAGAUGGGCUAUUUUGGCUACCACUUCCAUUAUUGUUGUUGGUUCUAUUCUUGCCGCUGCCAUGCAUGGUUCGACGGUUACUGGAAUGUUUUGGAUGCUUACCGUUGCGAGAGGUGUGACAGGAUUUGGUGUCGGUGGUGAAUACCCUGCCUCAUCCACAUCUGCUGCAGAAGCGUCUAACGAAGCCACAAAAAGAAGAGGUGGUGUCAUUGUGUUAGUUACAAAUUUGCCAUUAAGUCUUGGUGGUCCAUUUGCUUUAAUUGUUUUCCUUAUUGUGUAUGCCGCUACAGGUUAUGGAAAGCAUCUUUUGACUUGUGCCAGAAUAUUACUUGGUAUCGGUUGUAUUUGGCCUUUGGCUGUCUUCUACUUCAGAUGGAAGAUGGCUACCCCUCUAUUAUACAGAAAGAGUGCAAUCAAGAGAAAGGUUCCUUACCUGUUGUCUAUUAGAUUUUAUUGGAAGAAAUUAAUCGGUACUGCUGUCUGUUGGUUUAUGUACGAUUUCAUCACUUUCCCUAACGGUGUUUUCUCUUCAACUAUUAUUGCUUCUGUUUUGGAUGACACUACCGAUUUGACCAAGGUCGCCGAAUGGAAUCUUCUAUUGGCCGUCUUCUCCAUUCCUGGUGUGCUCGUUGGUGCAUACUUGGUGGACAGAAUAGGAAGAAAAUACACUAUGUGCAUCGGUUUUGGUGGUUAUGUUGUUAUGGGUUUAAUCAUUGGUUGUGCCUACAACAAAAUCAAAAAGAUUGUUCCUUUAUUCAUUAUCUUCUAUGCUCUAUUCACAGCCCUUGGUAACGGUGGUCCAGGUGAUGUUUUGGGUCUUGCCUCUGCAGAGAGUUAUGCUUCACCAAUCAGAGGUACUUUCUAUGGUUUCUGUGCUGCAUUUGGUAAAGCUGGUGCUGCCAUUGGUACACAGGUGUUCACUCCAAUUCAGAACCAUCUCGGAAAAAAUUGGACUUUCAUCAUUGCUGCUAUUUGCGGUGCAGUCGGCGUUACCUUAUGUUAUUUGUUCGUUCCUCAUCUUAAGGACCCAGAUUUAAUGGUUGAAGAUGUUAAGUAUUUGAGAUAUGUGCGUGCUCAUGGCUGGACCGGAACAUUCGGUAUUAAGGAAGAGCAGAGAGAAAUCAAAUCGAAGGAUAUCGAAGCAACUGAGGACAAGAACUAA